AAUGCGCAUGCUCAGUGUAGUAGCCGGUUAUGGCGGCGGUGUGUGUUCGUCCAUGAGGUGGGGGGACGCCUGCUAUUCUUGCAGUCUGUGACGGAGCGAACCGAGCGAAGCGCUGCCAUGGCCGGAGUGUUUGACAUUGAUCUGGACCAGCCGGAGGAAAAUGUCUCCGACGACGAGAACGAGGAGAUUCAAAUCGUUGACAUCAUGGACCAGUGCAGUGGAUUUGAGUUCAACAUGGACGACUGUGAGAAGAUUGAGAUAUCGGAGGACAACGUCAAUCAGGGGACGGAGAACAUCAGACCCGAGUGCUUUGAGCUGCUGCGGGUCCUGGGGAAAGGGGGUUAUGGAAAGGUUUUUCAAGUUCGAAAAGUUGUUGGAGCUGCAUCUGGCAAAAUAUUUGCCAUGAAAGUUUUAAAAAAGGCUAUGAUUGUACGCAACGCCAAGGACACGGCCCAUACCAAGGCGGAGAGGAACAUCCUGGAGGAGGUGAAGCACCCCUUCAUAGUUGAUCUCAUCUACGCCUUCCAGACCGGAGGGAAGCUGUAUCUCAUCCUGGAGUACCUCAGCGGAGGAGAACUUUUCAUGCAGCUGGAGAGGGAGGGCAUCUUCAUGGAAGACACGGCCUGUUUCUACCUGGCAGAGAUCUCCAUGGCUCUGGGCCACCUGCACCAGAAGGGCAUCAUCUACAGAGACCUGAAGCCUGAGAACAUCAUGCUCAACAACCAUGGACACGUGAAGUUGACAGACUUUGGACUGUGUAAAGAGUCGAUUCACGACGGCACGGUCACCCACACGUUCUGCGGCACCAUUGAAUACAUGGCCCCAGAGAUCUUGAUGAGAAGCGGACACAACAGAGCAGUAGACUGGUGGAGUCUGGGCGCUCUGAUGUACGACAUGCUCACCGGAGCGCCACCGUUCACUGGUGAAAACCGCAAAAAGACCAUUGACAAGAUCCUGAAGUGUAAGCUCAGCCUCCCACCCUACCUCACACAAGAAGCAAGAGAUCUCCUGAAACGGCUGUUGAAGAGAAACGCCUCAUCGCGGCUGGGAGCGGGAGCAGGAGAUGCCACGGAGGUGCAGGCCCAUCCCUUCUUUAGACACAUCAACUGGGAGGAUUUACUGGCUCGGAAAGUGGAGCCACCCUUCAAACCUUUCCUGCAAUCGGCCGAAGACGUGAGUCAGUUCGACUCAAAGUUCACCAGUCAGACACCAGUCGACAGCCCGGAUGACUCCACCCUCAGCGAAAGUGCCAAUCAAGCUUUUCUGGGUUUCACGUACGUCGCCCCGUCAGUCCUGGAAAACAUCAAAGAAAGGUUCGCAUUUGAGCCUAAAAUCCGCUCACCUCGACGCAUCGUGGGCAGCCCAAGAACACCUCUCAGCCCAGUCAAGUUCUCCGGUGGAGAGUGCUGGGCCCGGAGCCCCCUUCACCCUGGCGCAGGACCAAGUGUCCUCCAGUCUCCUCAGGACCAGGCCAUGGAGCUGUCCACCCCGGAGCAGAUGGACGUCACAACGAGCUCCGAGGUCUCGGCCCCUCUUCCCAUCCGUCAGCCUUCCGGGGUCAACCUGGCUCAGAUGAAGCAGCAGGCCUACCCCAGCAUUGCCAAGCGGCCCGAGCAUUUACGUAUGAACCUAUGACCCCACCGCGCCUCUUUAGGAAAGUUUAUUUCGUGACUCUUUUUUAUUAUUAUUUUUUAAAGAAACAAAGCAAAAAGGUAUGGAUGCUCGAGACAAUUCAAAAAUCCAAAUUUGCACAUCCGCACACUCCGUAUACUGUCACAACCUGGAGUUUGUCCGUGGGUCUGCGACUCCAGCGCGCUGCAGUGAGGUGCUACCGACGAUAUCAGCGCCUCGCCACUUCUCCUCAGGUCUCGUGACCCUUUCUGAACUGGACUAGUGGGACUGGAAACCUUUUGAGGAGCCGCGGCCUUUCCAACCUGGAAAUCAAAGGCGACCAUGUAUCACACCGUAUGCAAGCUAUUUACUCUGAAAUGCCGUCAGUCUACUGUACAAGAUGACGUCCAGAGUGCUUUGUGCUAUUUGAAUGAAUGCCAGUGAGGCAAACUACUUCCAUUGGGAGAUUUUGAAAGAUAUUCUCAGACAACAACAAAUGCUUCCUGGCUCUGAAUGAAACUAUAUAAAUUAGGUUAAUUAUUGAAAAGGAUCAAAGAAAUGAGCAUUGUGAGCAGCGGAUAAGCAGAGGUUCUGUUAUUGAUGAAUAUAGCUUCAUGUCUUAAGAUGUUUUACACAAUGGAUGCAUUAACUGUGUUAUACAUCAAUGAUGACUCAAAGAGCCUCAAUUAAACAAGAAAAAAAACUUUGACUUUACAUUCUUUCAGCAUUGAAGGCUUAUUUGAUGUGGGAACCUUAUUUCAAUGAUCUGCUCUUAAAGCUUUCUACACUGUACGAUGAAUCACUGGAUUAGUUGACACAUUAGACAUAAUUCAGCUUGAUCACCACGACCACCCACAAAUGUCAAACUGAUCUCGGUUGACCCCCGCUCUGGUCGCCACGGAGAGAGUUCAUACUGGAGACUGUGGCACCAGUUGAUCUGGAUCUGCAGUUGUGGGCUUUAAUGCUCCGAAAACAUGUACAGCCUCUUACAUCAGCUCACUUGUUUAAGAGGGACAUUUUUAGAAAUCCCCAAAAGCAAGAGAAAUUCUAAUAAAAUGUAAAAAAUAUA